AUGAUUGUAAGUGGAAUCGGGUUCGGCAGUCCUUUCGACCCUCCCACUACGACGACCUGUGAAGCAUACCUCAAUAUGGAAGUCCUAGUCGAAGACGUUCUGGAUACCAUCAUCCAGUGCUGUCCAAUUUACACAAUCUCCAUCAUUUCCCGAGUCUCCUACUCGCUUCGUAGGCUUGCAUUGCCUCAUUUGCUGCACUCGGUAUGCCUGGACAGAAGCCCCAUGCAAGUUGUCGGAUUCUUGAACUUUAUACUCGACAAUGGACCAGAGUCGUUCAUGGAUCCGGGUAAACAUGUAUUCGAGCUGGAAUUCGUGGAGUCACCUGCUUUUAAAAGGCGCGUGCUUCACGAUGGCGUGUAUUUACUUACAACGAACGAGAUAUACCGACUAUCGUCAUGGGCUCCCAUGCUGACGCAGGCCCUUAUGCUUAUGCCUAAUCUUCGAUCUUUCACUGUGAAAGGAAACACAGACGACAUUGUUACGCACUCCCCAAGUUUUGGCCACAUUCUGGGAAGCCUCUCCUCACUUACAUCUCUCACUUUGUGGGGAGUAGGGUCUCAAACAUCCCUUUCCUUCUGCGACCUAACGGGUAAUGUGGAGACUACCGGUAGUUCCCUCCGCGAGUUGAAAAUUGCAGGAUCGUAUGAGUAUAGCGAAGAGCUCACAACUGUCUCCGAGGACGAUGGAAUAGGUAAGUUGUUAGCCAAACACAGCCAUACUCUAAAGGAACUGUGUCUUGUCGCUCUUAAUCUCAUGGGUUUCCUGGCGAAUCACAACAUUAAUCACGAUCGUUCGAGCGGCUGUUCUGGAGUUGCGUUUCCUUUGGUGACCAAACUCACAAUUGGCAAUUGUUCGACCACUGUGGAAUCUCUGGCGUGUGCAUUUCCUAUGCUACAAACUCUUUGUUUAGAUUAUGCCGAGUUCAUUCACGUAUACUCCAGUGGAGUUCCGAGAGACCCAGUUGCGUUCCCCAAUUUGGCGUCGAUUCAAGGGUGGUACAAGGACGUCUACGAAGUUUUGAGAUGCAACAGAUAUCCGGAAAGCAUGCGCCGGGUGGUAAUAUCGUAUCCUUGGAGCAGUCGCGAUGAGGUUGACACCUUCCCAUUCGCAGUACCCAGUAUGGCACUGCAGCUCCAAAGCUUUCACUUCAUGAUAAAUGAAGAGAAACCCAUAUCUUGGUGGAAAGGGCUUUCCGAACACCUUUCCUCCUUAACUUAUCUGAGCAUCGUUAUACACUCCAGCUCAUACGAUGACUGGAGGCUGAUUUGUUACGAGAUCCCGGCGGCAAUUUCGUCGAUCCCAAUACGUUACCUUUCAAUCGUUAUUGAGGAAUACGAGGCGACUAUGACGGACCCGGCAUACGCAGAAGAGUCGUUGGCUCUCUCCUUCUCAAAGGAGAUACCUGCAUUACAGUACAUGGACGUCCUUAGGCACAAUCUCAGCGCGAUGGGUGGUCCGAAUGUUUCCCAGACAACAUGGUGGACAAUCGUUCGAGGGGACAACUCCAAUGUUUCCGUAGAGCAGUUAGACUGGGAAGAGGGUAAUAGGUUACGUGAUUACUACGAUUGGACCUUCAAGCUUGGCCAAUAG